GCGGCCACCGACGACACGGGCAGCGCAGAGCAGGCGGCCAUCGACGGCGUCACGGGCAGCGCAGAGCAGGCGGCCAUCGACGCGUGCACGGGCAGCGCAGAGCAGGCGGCCAUCGACGUCGACGGCCUCACGGGCAGCGAGCAGGCGGCCAUCGUCGACACGGGCAGCGCAGAGCAGGCGGCCAUCGACGGCACCACGUGCAGCGCAGAGCAGGCGGCCAUCGACGUCGGCAUCACGGGCAGCGAGCAGGCGGCAAUCGUCGACGGCAACACGGGCAGCGCAGAGCAGGCGGACGGCAACACGGGCAGCGAGCAGGCGGCCAUCGACGGCACCACGGGCAGCGAGCAGGCGGCCAUCGACGGCAUCACGGGCAGCGAGCAGGCGGCCAUCGACGGCAGCACGGGCAGCGAGCAGGCGGCCAUCGACGGCAUCGCGGGCAGCGGCGAGCAGGCGGCAAUCGACGGCAUCACGGGCAGCGACGAGCAGGCGGCCAUCGUCGGCAACACGGGCAGCAACGAGCAGGCGGCCAUCGACGACGGCAGCGCCGUGCAGGCGCCACGAGCCAGGAGGCCUCGUUGGAGGCGAGGCGUCCUGGGCACAGCCAUCGACGUCGGCGACAGCAGCGACGAGCAGGCGGCCAUCGACGUCGGGAGCAGCGAAUAG